AGACAAUACACCACUGUCCUUUGGUUAAGAUCAGAAGAUCAGGAUGUACUUCAAAUCUCAUCUGACAAUUCUCUUCUGUCUCGCCACCUGUGUCAGGUGUCUUACAAGUCCAGAACCGAAUCCCGGAAAAGGAGAAAAGGAAAAUGGAAAAAUAACGAUCUUAUACACGAUACGUAACAAUUUGGCGACACCUAAGUUUGAAUAUGAACAGAACGUGACGUCAAAGGCUGGUCAGCCAUUCAUCAGGUUCAUGGAGCAGGCGGCUGAUAACGACAAAAACUUUCAGUUUUCAUCAACAUAUUAUGCUAAACUUGGAUACUUCAUACAAAAGCUAGGAAAGGAAACAAGUAGGGAGGGCGUUCUUGGUUUGUCUUACUGGCAGUUCCUGAGAGCGCCGUCUACAGUAUUGCCAGUUGGAGUGAGUACCUAUAUUCCACAGGACGGAGAUCACAUUAUUCUGGACUAUGUACUACAGGGAAAUUGUGUUCAGAACUGAUGUUUAUCAAAGGAAUUUAACAUUUUAUUACAAUAAAUCUGCAAUCUAUAUGUCUUGUAUACGUACAUAAGACAGAAAAAAUAAUAGAUAUGAA